AGUGGGGAUUCCGACAGCUCCUGUUCUGCCCUCUCCCUCAGGUAGUGGGUGCAGCCAGUGGGAUUUACGCCCAUGAUUCAGACUCACACAGCAGGAAGAGUUACAUCACCAGAGGGCAAACACUCUCUGCCGUUAGGUAGGGAGAAAAAACACAAAACCCCACCUGCUCGUCUUAACCCUCUUCUACACUCACCUCACCUGGGUUACUUACAGAGGACACUUUGUCAACCAACAAACCUGACAGGGUCUCUGCUGAUAAGGAUUAUAAGACUCAGUUGAACAAGCCUCAUCAUGUCAGGAGAAACAGUGUCACAGUCUACAGGUAUCAGCCCUCGCCUGGCUUCCUGAUAGAGACAGACGUGUGGGAUACAGAUGCCCUGUGUACACAGCAGUACAGAGCUUUUUUUCUAAGAUGGUAGACUGCAUUUAGGCUUAAUCUCAGAAGUGAACCAAAGGACAUCAACAGGACCAGGUAAGAUGCCACUGAAGAUGUCUCUGUGCCGUAAGCCAGCCUCGGCCCGCUGGUCUAGGACCCAGAAGCGCAGGGAGGUGCUCUCUGUCAACAUGAUCAGCCUCCCAUUGGCCGACUUCUGCCACGUUGCCCACAUCGGGAACAAUGCCAGCAGUGACAGCUUCGGGGACCUGUCCUUUCUGAAGGGGGGCCACAGCCUGAUACUGCACAGCUCUCAGAGCGAACAUAACCUCUUCCUGGCCUGCUACCCUCCACCCAAACCCCCACGACUUAACCUGGGUGAGGCCAAGGCCCUAAAGAUCCCAGAGUGGACCAGGGCCCACUUGAGCCACAACGCCUCAGAGAGGAGGAAGGAGUACCGAUCCUUGCCCAUGCUGGACAGUGAGGAGGGCGAGGGGGCGAUCGAGGCCAGUGUUAGCCCCAGCCACGGGGUCAUGGUCAGUAGCCACAGUCCUGGCCGGGGCAGCCUGAGCUCUGGCAGGGAUGGAGAUUCCACUCAGACCUGCCAUGAGAACACACUACAGCUGGAUGAGGUGGACAACAGCUUCUCCUUCAGCCUGGACCUGGGCCCCUCCAUCCUGGACGAUGUGCUGCAGGUCAUGGACAGGCUCCACUAUUAGAGGAACAGCCAGACAAACAUGAGUCCUCAGCAAGAGAUUUCACUGACAUAAUUAUAUGUGACUGGCAUUAGAACACUCUAAACUGUCCUAGGAUAUGAACAGCUGACAUUUAAAAAAACUCUUGACUUAAAGAAACAAUGUCACAACAUUUGAAACACCAUGGGGAUAUAAUCUCAAUCUUUGGAUUAGCUGACUGUGGCUGAAUUAUAUAAAAUGCAAUGGACUCAGAGUAAUGGAUGAGAUGUGGACAGAACUGUAACUACAAAGAGAUCCUCCUCCAUUUCAUGUGAGGUAAUCUAACCCAGUGGUUCCCAACCUGAGGUACAUAGUGCUUUCGGAAAGUAUUCAGACCCCUUGACUUUUUCCACAUUUUGUUACGUUACAGCCUUAUUCUAACAUGGAUUAAAUCAUUCCCCCCCUUCAAUCUACACACAAUACCCCAUAAUGAGAAAGCAAAAACAGGUUUUUAGAAAAUUCUGCAAAUGUAAAAAAUAAACCAAUAUCAAAUUUACAUAAGUAUUCAGACCCUUUACUUAGUACUUUGUUGAAGCGCCUUUGGAAGUGAUUACAGCUGAGUCUUCUUGGGUAUGACGCUACAAGCUUGGCACACCUAUAUUUGGGGAGUGUCUCCCAUUCUUCUCUGCAGAUCCUCUCAAGCUCAGUCAGGAUGAAUGGGAAGCGUCGUUGCACAGCUAUUUCUGGUCUCUCCAGAGAUGUUCGAUCAGAGACUUGUCCAUAAGCCACUCCUGCGUUGUCUUGGCUGUGUGCUUAGGGUCAUUGUCCUGUUGGAAGGUGAACCUUAGCCCCAAUCAGAGGUCCUGAGCACUCUGGAGCAGGUUUUCAUCAAGGAUCGCUCUGUUCAUAUUUCCCUUGAUCUUGACUAGUCUCCCAGUCCCUGCCACUGAAAAACAUCCCCACAGCAUGAUGCUGCCAUGACCACGCUUCACUGUAGGGAUGGUGCCAGGUUUCCUCCAGAUGUGACGCUUGGCAUUCAGGCCAAAGAGUUCAAUCUUGGUUUCAUCAGACCAGAGAAUCUUGUUUCUCAUGGUCUGAGAGUCUUUAGGUGCCUUUUGGCAAAUUCCAAGCAUGGUGUCAUGUGCCUUUUACUGUGGCCAGCUCUGUCUUGGUGGGUCCAAACGUCUUCCAUUUAAGAAUGAUGGAGGCCACUGUGUUCUAGGGGACCUUCAAAGCUGCAGAAUUUUUGUUGUAGCCUUCCCCAGAUCUGUACCUCGACACAAUCCUGUCUCUGAUCUCUACGGAUAAUUCCUUGAACCUUAUGGCUUGGUUUUUGAUUUGACAUGCACUGUCAACUGUGGGACCUUAUAUAGACAGGUGUGUGCCUCUCCAAAUCACGUCGAAUCAAUUGAAUUAUAGCACAGGUGGACUCCAAGUUGUAGAGUCAUCAUGGAUGAUCAAUGGAAACAGCAGUGGUGGGCCGUCAGGGCCAGCAAGGCCUUCUCUGCUGGCCUAAACAUCAUCAGAAUAUAUAUUUUUUUUUAUAUAUAUUUUCCCACAAAUAUGAAUUAAAUUAUUCCCCAGAGUAAGAGUUACACUCUUCAUUUCAUAGCGUUCCUCUUGGUUGCACUGCUUCCAGCCCCAGGUUGAGAUUUGGAGGGCUGGUCUUUAUGUUAGAUAUUUUAUCCAAUCAUAUUCAGCCAGCAUGUGUUGCCAGGGGUCUAAAAUCUGCUCUCAGGCCUUCAGAAUCAACCGUGCGGGCGCUUGUAGCUUAAAGUGAAUGGAAAUUCAAAUUUAGUGUCAACCAAUCAGCUUUAGAGUUGGCUAUUGUACGCCUGCUGGCUGGCUCCAGUGUUACACAGGAGCCAGCUAGCAGGCGUAGUGCCUGCACGUCUUUUGAUUGGAUUACCAACUAGGAAACUGAAAUUGAUCAACAAAUUAAUUUGCGUACUACUAAACUGUUUUUUAAACCCACAAUGGCGGAAGGAGAAGAUAUCGAUUUGGUCGAGGAUAUAAUUAUAACGGCAUACUCAAGACAAACUUUUCAAGAAAAGUUAGACAUUGUCAGGAGAGGUAGACGCCGACGCUACAAAGCCGACGCUACAAAGACAGGCUCCGAGAAGCACUGCAAACUGUACUGCUGGGAAUGCCUAUUAUUUGCAAGUGAUUGAUUUGGUGUUUGGAGCCACACUGGCUUUGCAAACCCGAGUUGUCUCACCAAGGCAGCAACGAGACACCAAAGUACGGCUGAGCACUUACAAACAAUGGUGCUUUUGAAAACUUUUGGGGACACCCGAGUGGAUCUACAGCUCAACGAACAAGCACGCAGGGCAACGAAGCUGCACAAUGAAAAGGUAUUGUACUCUUCCCCUGCAAUUCUCUGAAUAAAAAUUUCAAUUUCAAGGUGACGCAACGCCUGGUUGUACUGCGUUUCUGUCUAAAUGUAUAGUGUCUAGAGCCAUGGCAUCAUAAUGAUGAUAAUAAGAGGUGGAUUAAUUCGGGUGGGACUGUGUAGGACUUCACUGAAGGCCCAGGCCCCAGAACCACGGCACGCUACUGGGAAACAGGAUGCACCGGAGCUCAAUUUCAAGUCUCAUAGCAAAGGGCAAAUAAAUUUGCCCCCCCCCCCCCAAAAAAGCUAUAAAACUGUUUUUGCUUUGUCAUUAUGGGGUAUUGGGAGUAGAUUGAUGAGGACAUUUUUUAUUUAUUUUUAAUCCAUUUUAGAACAAGGGAGUAACGUAACAAAAUGUGGAAAAAGUCAAGGGGUCUGAAUACUUUCUGAAUGCACGGUAUACCCUUCGGGGUACUUGGGCUAUCCACAGGGGGUACGUGUGGAAGACAAAGGACCAUUGGCCUACUGGUAAAAUGCACGAGGGGGUACUUUGUGGGUUUUCCGGUCAGAUCAAAAUGUGAUUUGGGGUACAGUAACCAAAAAAGGUUAGGAAACACUGAUCUAAACCAUGGACAAUAAGAGCCAGUACAUGGACUUCUGUUUCAACUUAUCCCUUCUCUCAUUUACAGUAGAUUAUCAUUUCAGAACGUCAUGUUUGAGUUAUAUGCUAAUUUGUUGAAUUUUCUUUUGAUCAUAUCCAUCUGUUGUUUCUAUUAUACAGCAAUAGAAUCAGUAUGAGUGUAUAUUAUCUAAUGUGAUGUUAAAGAGUUAACGUUGGAAUUCUUCCCUCUGAAGGGUUAAACUGCAUACGCUUUAAAGGGCAAAGUUCAUGUUCUUCUAGCAUUACCCGUUGCAGCAUUAGAUAAAAUGUUACAUAGUCUAGUUAAUAAUUUAGCACCUUUUUUUUAUCUCAAGCUGUUCAAAGUAAAGUGGCAUUUUCAGUUGGCUGCUUUUUCACCUUAGUUUAAACCCAGUUCCUUCCUACAGAGCUCGAGAGGAUUGUUCAAUUUAAGAAUGUUAUGUUAAAGAAAAAGAACGAGGGCUUAGUUUUCCAAGGUCCUGAAGCUGUGACGACUUGGCGUCCUUGCCAUUCCGUUGUGUGGGGAGGGCAAUCUCUCUUCCGCACGCAUCUCAGAGGCCCCACUUGAAGGUCCACGAAGGCAGCCCCAUCUCUCUUUCCAACAACACAAUGAAAACAAACACUUAGCUCUGCUUCCAAUAAAGCCAGUGGUUGGAGGGCUGCAACUCAGGCCACAGGUCCGUGCCCCAAAACCCCAGCGCCGUUUUCUUAAAUGUUAAUCGGAGUCCCUCGCUCUGGUGAGUGGCGCGAGAGGGGAAGGUGACGAGGGGUAAUGUGAUCCUUCCACGUGCUGCUGGAGCCAAGAAGGCUGGGGACCACAGCCAUCCAUUACCAGCAAGGCUCCUGAUGAGGGUUUAAACACUAACUGCUGAACAAACAGGGCCUGAUGCGCCGCCCACCACCCCAUGUUCUGGGCCCACUUACCCACCUGCAAGGGGAGCUGGGAGAAAGCCACAGCCAGCACCACAGCAAGGGGCUGUCAGGAAAGGAAAGCAGUGGGGCAAAGCUAAAAGCUGUUACAUUCCAGGGAUCCUUGAGGCGUUACAGAGAACUUCACUAGCCAUGAGUGUCCUGCUGCUAACAAACAGUUCAACAGCGUUAGCAAUAGCAUGUUAAUCUAAUGGAGUCACUGAUGUUUGUGGGUACAUCUGUACUGCAUAUGUUUUGUGCUUCUUUCAGUAAAAUGAAUUAUGGCUUUCAGUAUAUUGUAUGUUUUAUGAGAAUAACAACACAUUGUGAAACACUCUUUUA